UUGCAUUUUAUAUUAAUGUAGGAGUGCUUUUGCAGCGGUAGAUAAUACUGCAGUUCAAAUAAAAUAAUUCUGCAUGCCUCUGCAGCUCUCAGAGGAAAAGAAGCUUUAAGAAUGAUUAUCAUCUAGGACAUCACAAAGAAAGAAACAACCAUAUGAUCGAAUGGAACAUUAGUAGUGCAGCAGAGAUAGGAUUACUUUCCUUGGAAAUGAAAGAACAGAUCUUCAGUCAAGAAGAAGUGAGGUUCUAGGUCUGUUCAAAAAUGUCAGAAUGCUACACGUAGUAUGUGAGCUGAAAGAUGUUAUCAGUUUCCAACAGAGCUAAGAUCUGACAACCUGAAAAAACUAAUGCGUUCAAAAGAUGAAGUCAUCAGAUAAAGUGGCCUUAUACUUUGAAACUCUUAAACACCAUGGAACAACAACACAAGGCAUCUGGUUACGACAACCAUAGCGAUGACCCUUUGAAAUUAAUGCGAUGCCUGGUCUCUUGAAAAAAACCUUGUUCUCUUUGGCAUCAAUAAUAAGUUUCACAUCUGCUCUUCUGCUGUUUGUGGCCUUAGCAACUCAGAAGUGGAUGUCUGGAAAAAUAUUGUGUAUAACAGGUGCUGAGCUGGUCAAUGCCUCUAAUCCAGAAUUAGUUAAAUUUCUAGGAGAUAUUCAGUAUGGACUUUUCCAUGGAAGCAAAGUUAGAAGGUGUGGACUGGGUAUGCGCCAAUCGAAGUUCUCAAUCUUCCCCCAGCUGGUGAAAAAGCUGAAUGCAGCACUCCAUGUAAUGAUCAUCCUUUUCCUCUGCGUGGCCAUUGUGUUUGCUCUGGUGAGUUUUGGAUUCUGCAUUUACAAUGCAGUGAAAGUCCCAUAUCGAUCUGUAAGGGGGCCAAAAGGCAUACAUCUUUGGAACAUAGUUGCAGGCUUAUUUGUAGUACUUGCAGUUGUGAGUUUUAUAGCAGCUGUGAAAAAACAUCAUCUAACGGAGAGAAUUGCCAAUUUCAGUGAAAGUGCCUUUCAGUACCUCAUCUUGGAAGAACAGUACCGGAGCUCCUUUUGGUUGUGCGUGGCUAGUGCAGCGGCUCAUGCCUUGAACUUGUUAGUGGUAGCCAUAACUAGCAUUGAUUUUCCUGAAUUUAAGCCAAAAACAGAAGAAGUGACUGUCACAGCUGAAGAUCUGAUGUAUUAGUAAUGUAGUUCCCAAGUGACUCUGACUACAGUAUGGAAUAAUGCAAAAAGUGCCUGGCCCCACUCUACAGAGAUGCAUCUAUUCUGCUGGUGUAAAAGGACUAUGUUCAACAGUGCUUUUUUCAGAGCGACUUAACAUGCAAGCAAUUAACCACAAAGGGAAGAAAUGGUUUACUAUAAUUUUAGCAUUUAUGCAGAUAAAGCUAAAUAAGAUUUGUUCAAAUGCUUUAUCUAAAACAGCAUUUCAAAACCUAUUCAACAUUUGCAGCUAUUCCAUAGCUACUGAAACACUUUUCUAUUGCAAAGGUAUUCAAAUUAUGGAUAAGAACUUGUAAGGAUGCUGUCUGCUCCCAGUGCUAUAUUUGUGGAUCUUCAUAUUUAGAGUCCUGCAGUGACAUCCUGAAGUUCAGUUAGCACCCUGACAUACCCAGCAAAGCAACAAUGAUUUGUAAUUAACAAAAACUAGUUUCUUACAUAAGUAUAUUCACAUCUGCUGGCCUACAUAUGUGGAAGUAGGAGUUCUGAUUCAAAAUAUUCCUCUUAUGAGACUCUGUGAUUCCUAGUGUUUAUAAAACAGGUAAUCCUAAUACUACUAAGUAUAUGCAUACUAUGAAAAAUAUCUCUGUUGCAGUUUAAUUUUUAUUUAUCUUUCCUGCCAUUCAUUUUGAGUACCACAAGUUUCAAGUUGUAGAAGUCUGUACAUGUAAUAUAUAAUCACAAUAAACCACUGUCUGAAUGAA